GACGAAAUUUAUUUAAAGGUCACUAUACUGGAUCGUAAUAAUGUUGUCGCCCUCGCUUACUACCUACUAUGCUCCUCAUACUAGGUCUCUUUCCCAUCCUUUUACCAUGCGUUCUCGCCUUUCCACCACUGCGUCGAGCUCCCUCCGGAAACAGCACAGUUAUCAUCCAGAUGUUCGAAUGGACCUGGGACAGCGUAGCUUCCGAAUGCACUGACUUCAUUGGCCCCGCUGGUUAUGGAUUUGUUCAAGUUAGUCCGCCGGCAGAACACGUUACCGGUAGUCAGUGGUGGACGGAUUACCAGCCGGUCUCCUACACUUUGACCUCAAAACGUGGUAACAGGAGCCAAUUCGCCAACAUGGUAACGACCUGUCAUGCUGCAGGUGUCAAGGUUAUCGCUGACACCAUCCUUAACCAUAUGUCCGGCUCAGAUUCUGGCAUUGGUGUUGCGGGGGAUAGUUACACACACUAUGUCUACCCUAACAUCUACCAAAGUCAGGAUUUCCAUCAUUGCGGUCUCACAAGUAACGACGACAUCCAAGACUACACUAGUCGUGCCCAGGUCCAAACUUGUGAAUUGGUCAACCUUGCGGAUCUAGCAACCGAAACUGAAUAUGUUCGAGGGCGUCUAGCUGCAUAUGUGAAUGAUCUUCUUUCUUUAGGAGUUGACGGUCUUCGUUUGGAUGCAGCCAAACAUAUUGCCACGAACGACAUUGCCAACAUCACGAGCCGUUUCUCAUCGUCACCAUAUAUCACCCAAGAAGUCAUCUGGGGAGCUGGCGAACCGAUCCAGCCCUCUGAAUACGUUCAAAAUGGCGAUGUACAAGAAUUCCGUUACACCACGGCUCUCAAGAAUGCAUUCACGGGCGGCAGCAUCUCUGGAUUACAGAAUCUCGAUAAUCAAGGAUGGGUAUCUGGAUCACAAGCUAAUGUCUUCGUAGCGAAUCAUGAUACUGAAAGAAACGGUAACUCUCUCAACGUCAAUUCGGCAAAUAAUGCCUACGUGAUUGCAACCAUAUUCUCGCUCGCGCAUCCUUAUGGAACACCUUCUAUCCUUUCCAGCUACAAAUUUUCUUCGACGGAUGAUGGCGCUCCUAAUAAUGGUGCGGGUACUUGCUCAGGCACAGGAGGAGCGAACGGAUGGUAUUGCCAACAUCGUUGGGUUGCAUUCUCCGGCAUGGUCGGUUUCCGCAACAACGUGGGAUCUGCCGCAUUGGCUAACUGGAUGUCUCCUCAAUCUUCGCAAAUCGCUUUUGGACGAGGAUCUGCUGGUUUUGUCGCCAUCAAUAACGCUGCCUCCAACUGGACCGCAAACUUUACUACUUCGUUAUCAGAUGGUUCUUACUGUGAUGUCAUCAGCGGCAAAAGCUCCACUAGUGGUACUUGCACUGGCUCAGGGUUCACCGUAUCUGGUGGUUCAUUCACCGCAACAGUUCCGGCUCACAGCGCCGUAGCUAUCCAUGCGGGCGCAAAGGGUAACGCAAGUUCCACCAACUGAAGCUUGGCUCAAUGAGUGUCUAGGUACUGGUUCUGGAUCGGGUGGCGGCGAUGGCUCGGGAUCUGUCGCAGUAUCUUUUGCCGAAACUGCAACUACGACAUUCGGCGAAGUGAGCUUUUUCUCGUCAAGAGUGUGCUUCCUUACAGGUGUUUAGAAUAUCUUCGUGGUGGGUAGUAUAUCCCAGCUAGGGAACUGGGCGCCUGCAUCCUCUAUCGCUCUUUCGGCGAACGAUUAUCCUGUAUGGAAAGCUACCGUUAACAUUCCUUCGGGUACAACCUUCCAGUACAAGUUUAUAAGGAAAGAAACAGAUGGAUCGGUGGUAUGGGAAUCUGAUCCGAACCGGCAGGCUACCGUCAUAUCAUCGG